CUUCCCAGAACCCGCUUCCGCCCCGCCCGCCGGCCCGGCCCGCGGAUGCCGGGAAGCCCCCCGCCCGCCGCGCGGGAGGAGGGUGUAGCCCCGGGAGGGGGCGCUGGACCUUUCCUGCCCUUAGCAGCUAAGCCGCGGGGCGCACCGAGCUGUCCACCGAUGCCCGCGUAGGAGUGGAUGCUCAAUAAAUCAAUGAAUGAACCAGUGAACGAAUGAAUGAAACGGAGGGUCCGGCGGGCAGGCUGCAGUCGGCUUAGGCGGGGCCUGGGGCCAGCGGGGUGGGGGGAUGUCUGGUCAGGACUCGGGGAAUCCCAGGCCACAUGCACCCAAAUGGGGCAGGCACAGCCGGCCCCACGACCUGUCAGUAUUUUGGGGUGAGGGAUCUGGUGCCUCGGGGUUCAGGGACAGGUCACGGAGAAGUUUGGGUUCUGGGGCACCUCCUUCCGGCUGAGAGGACCUGGGCAGGCCGGGCCGACAGGUCGGGUGGCAUAGCCCAGCCGACACUCACCUCCAGCAUAAAACCCCACUUCAUGGAGCCGUGUGCCUGGAGCUGGUGCUCACGGGCCUCCCGCUCACUGCCCCCUGCCCGGUGCCCCAGCCAGGCUGAGACCAUGCGGCGCCUGCCAGCCCUGGCCCUGCUCCUGCUGCUGCUGGGGUUUGGGGCUCAGGGAGCCGAGGUAUCACACGUGUGCGGGCGCCCGAGGAUGCUGAACCGGAUGGUGGGCGGCCGGGACGCCCUGGAGGGUGAGUGGCCCUGGCAGGUCAGCAUCCAGCGCAACGGAAGCCACUUCUGCGGGGGCAGCCUCCUCACAGAGCGAUGGGUCCUCACGGCAGCGCACUGCUUCUCCAACACCUCCGAAACCUCCCUGUACCAGGUCCUGCUUGGGGCGCGGCAGCUGGUGAGACCAGGGCCACACGCCGUGUACGCCCACGUGAAGCGGGUGGAGAGCAACCCCCUGUACCGGGGCAUGGCUUCCAGCGCCGACGUGGCGCUGGUGGAGCUGGAGGCGCCUGUGACCUUCAGCAACUACAUUCUCCCCGUGUGUGUGCCUGACCCUUCGGUGGCCUUUGAGGCGGGCAUGAGCUGCUGGGUCACCGGCUGGGGCAGCCCCAGUGAGGAAGACUGCCUGCCCAGCCCGCGGGUCCUGCAGAAGCUCGCAGUGCCCAUCAUCGACACGCCCAAGUGUAACCUGCUCUACAGCAAGGACGCCGAGGCCGGCCUCCAGCCCAAAGCCAUCAAGGAUGACAUGCUGUGUGCCGGCUUUGCCGAGGGCAAGAAGGACGCCUGCAAGGGCGACUCGGGGGGACCCCUGGUAUGCCUGGUGGGCCAGUUGUGGUUGCAGGCAGGAGUCAUCAGCUGGGGCGAGGGCUGUGCCCGCCGGAACCGCCCAGGUGUCUAUAUCCGGGUCACCUCCCACCGUGACUGGAUCCAUCGCAUCAUCCCAAACCUACAAUUCCAACAGGCCGAGUCGGGUGGCCAGAAGCGGGGGCACCGGGUCCAGCAGCACCUCCUGGACUCUGUGCCCUGCCUGGCGGCCCACAUGCUCCUCUCAGUCCUCGCGGCCCUGCUGGCUCUCCUCUGAGCCCCGGGACCCAUGGUGUACAUUUGUAAAUAGCGCUCUCGUCCUCUCUGGUCAAAUGCCCAGUUGUUUUUUUAUUUAUGUUUAUGCUCCAAUAAAAACCUGACCUCAGA